GGGAACGAACGCCAGUCAGUGUGUCGCUGGUACAGCAGUCGUCGUCGUCGUAGUCUAACGAACACGUGGCACCUCGUUCGUCAAUCGAAAAAUCGUCGGCCGGUAAGUGGUCGUCGGACACGCGCGAAAGAUCAAGUCUAAAGACUUACUUGAGCUAUGGACGAAUUCCGGUGGUGGAAAAAUGCUGUAAUGAUCUUGAUAUUCUUUUUGGCGGUUCUGCCGUCUCCGUUGGCGACUGGUUCAAAUACUUGGCAGAAACCAGGUUGCCAUAAAGUAGGUCACACGAGAAAGAUCAGCAUACCUAACUGCGUGGAAUUUCCUAUCACGACCAAUGCAUGUAGAGGAUAUUGCGAAUCAUGGGCGGUGCCGUCGCCAGCCGACACAGUGAUGAUCAACCCGCAUCAGCGUAUUACGUCCGUAGGCCAGUGCUGCAACAUCAUGGAUACUGAGAACGUCGAAGUAAACGUCCGUUGUUUGGAGGGCGUGAGAAAACUGGUGUUCAAAUCAGCGUUGAGUUGUUCGUGUUACCAUUGCAAGAAGGAGUGAAUUUUAUUUUCUUGCUGGACAUUUCAUCCCAUCAUGGAGAUAAAAUAUUUUUGAUUAGAAUUUUUAAACAUCAAUAAACACUAUUAUUACUACUACACGAGUGAACUAUAGUACAUAUUAUAAUUAUAUUACUCUAUAGUUACCUCAAUCGUAAUUUAUAAUUUAUGAAUGAUUAAUACCAUUAAUACUGUACCUAAUAACAUAAUAAUAAUUAUACUUAGUUUGUGCAGUUUGGCACUCAAUAUCUAGUCUGAAUAUUAUAUAAUAGCAUUUUAGUUGCAUGCACAUUAUAUUGACUUGGAUAAAUAGUUGUACUUCCUAUUAUUACGAUUCGUGAUAUUAUUAUAAUUAGA